AUACGCCGACAGGUUGAGUACGAAAACAGUCUAUCAACAACCAGCUUACGCAGAAGACCUUGACGCUGUAACCAGUGGUAACGCAAGUUUAGAAUGAAGUUUCUUGUAAUAGUAAACGUCGCUUUGUGCAUCGUCGCUCCAGCGCUUGCUGAGUCCUAUUUGCCUAAUUCGCCAGAUCCAAAUAAUCCCGGGCACUGCUUCCACCAGGAGCUGCAGCUCCCCAUCAAACUGAAUGAGAGCGUCAAACCGACCAAUGCGGAACUGUGCGCCGAACUGACUUGCCAAGAGGAGGGGCUCAUACGACUUAGUCAGUGCCCGCGCGUGCAGCCAAGCUGUAAAGAUUUCAAAUAUCUGCCAACUGACUUUAGCAAACCCUAUCCGGAGUGUUGCGAGCGUUACAAGUGUAAUAAAUAAAUAAAUAAAUGAAUAAAAUAGUUUAUUGAA